CAACGCGGCAUCAGAUUCACUAUGUGAUAAUGCUGGCGUCAUCUGUCCUUUUAAAUAUUUUGAGGCGGAUCCGUUGGCUAGAGGUUUCGGAUUUGCGCAGCAUCAGAAUGAGAUUUGAGCUGGGGUGCUAGAGUCUUUCCAAAUGGAAUUACAAAUCCAAUGGAUAGAUUGAGACCCUACGAUCAAAAAAUAUUGUUAAGAGGGUUCAACUGCCACCAUGGCUGAAAUGGAAGUGGCUAUCUCCCCUGUCCAGAUCGAGACACUUCACCUCAGCCCCUCGCUGUCCUCCACCUCUACAUUUUCCUGCCCUUCCUCACCUGGAUCCUCUUCUUCCUCAUCCUCCUGCUCGGACUGCUCCUCGGACUGCCCCAACCAGCACCAGUCCUCCUCCAGUCCCAGAAGCUCCAGCCCCAGUGGCUGUAGCAGCGGCAGCGAUGGCAUGCGGGGCUGCAGCCCUCCUUUGGACAUCAUAUCUGAGGACGCUAUAGAGCUGGACCUGGUCAUUGACCCUGAAGUGGCCCUGAAGGCUUGCCAGGAGGUCCUGCAGAAUGUCAAACUCCUGAAGGUUGAGGAAGAACCAGAAUUGUUGGAAAAGUGCAGCCCGCAUAGGCGGCUGCCCAAUGGAACAGUAUACUUGGAGCCUUUCGACACGGGUUCGAUUAAAGAGGAGGAAGAACAGCAUGAUCCUCUACAACUAAUAACGCUACCAUGCCCUCUGUCACAACAAGCUUGUGACACAGGUUCCAUUAAAGAGGAGGAAGAGAGUGAUGCUCUUCGACAUAUUCCCUGUGACACCGGUUCGAUUAAAGAGGAGGAUGAAGAGGAGGAAGAAAAGCGUGAUCCUCCCCGACAAAUUAUUCCGACAUGCCCUCAGUCGCAACAACAGAAUGGCGACCAGUCCUCCGCAGCAGCCAAGCAGUCCUUGCUUUUACGGUUAUUUGAGUCUAAGCUCUUCGACGUCUCCAUGGCCAUCUCCUACCUGUACAAGUCCAAAGAGCCCGGCGUCCAGGCCUACAUUGGCAACCGCCUCUUCAGCUUCUCGGACGACGACGUGGACUUCCACCUGCCCCAGCUGCUCAACAUGUACGUCCACAUGGACGAGGAUAUGGGCGACGCCAUCCGGCCCUACGUGGUGCACCGCUGCCGCCAGAGCAUUGCCUUCUCCCUGCAGACGGCAUGGCUGCUCGGCGCCUACUCCUCGGACAUGCACAUCUCUACCCAGCGCCACUCGCGCGGCACCAAGCUGCGCAAGCUAAUCCUCUCAGACGAACUAAAGCCCCACUCAGCUUCUAAAGGUGUGGAUCCAGCUGGUGCUGCAGCCGCCAGCCCUGGGCUGCGGGACGGUGCUCGGAUUCACCAGCGGCACGCCGUGGAGCCGUCCCCGGCUCCCGACAGCCAAAUCAUCCCCGCCAAUGCCUACCUCUCGCCUUCCAAGCGGACACACCAGCGUUCUAAGUCAGACGCCACGCAUUGCACGAGCCUGGCGACUAGCCUCAAGAGAACAGCCAGCAACCCCAAGGUGGAAAGGGGCUACGAUGAGCCGCUGCGUCUGACGCCGCAGAGGGAGUUCAUCAAGUCUCUGAUGGGCAUCGGCAAGCGGCUGGCCACGCUGCCCACCAAGGAGCAGAAGACCAAGCAGCUCACCUCAGAGCUGUUAGUGCUCAAUCACAAGCUGCCCGCCCGCGUCUGGCUGCCCACUGCAGCCUUUGAUCACCACGUGGUGCGCGUGCCCCACACACAGGCCGUGGUGCUCAACUCCAAAGACAAGGCCCCGUACAUCAUCUAUGUGGAGGUGCUGGAGUGCGAGAGCUUUGAGACGUCCGCCAUUCCCGUGCGCAUUCCUGAGACGCGCAUCCGCAGCGCCCGUUCUGCGGACAACCUCCUCCCAGAGUGCGUUGGCAUCACAGCCGAGCAGCGCGCCGGCAGCUUCUCCACCGUGCCCAACUACGACAACGACGACGAGGCCUGGGCCGUGGACGACAUCGGCGAGCUGCAAGUGGAGCUCCCAGAAGGCCACACCAGUAGCAGUGACAACAUCUCCCAGUUCUCUGUGGACAGCAUCACCAGCACGGAGAGCAAGGAGCCCAUCUUCAUCGCCGCCGGUGACAUUAGGCGACGUCUGUCAGAGAACCUGGCCCACACCCCCACCACGUUCCGGAAAGAUCCGGAGGACCCGUCCGCUGUGGCGCUCAAGGAGCCCUGGCAGGAGAAAGUCAGGCGGAUAAGGGAGGGCUCCCCCUACGGUCACCUGCCAAACUGGCGGCUGCUGUCGGUCAUCGUGAAGUGUGGGGACGACCUGAGGCAGGAGCUACUGGCUUUCCAGGUGCUCAGCCAGCUACAGUCCAUCUGGGAGCAGGAGCGUGUCCCCCUGUGGAUCAAGCCCUAUAAAAUCCUGGUGAUGUCAUCGGACAGCGGGAUGAUUGAGCCCGUGCUGAACGCUGUCUCUCUGCACCAGGUGAGGAAGCAGAGCCAGCUGUCUCUACUGGACUACUUCCUGCAGGAGCACGGCAGCUACACCACCGAGGCCUUCCUCACCGCCCAGCGCAACUUUGUGGAGAGCUGCGCCGGCUACAGCCUCAUCUGCUACCUGCUGCAGGUCAAAGACAGACACAAUGGCAACAUCCUCCUGGACUCUGAGGGCCACAUCAUCCACAUUGACUUUGGUUUCAUCCUGUCCAGCUCACCCAGGAACCUGGGCUUUGAGACCUCUGCUUUUAAGCUCACCAGCGAAUUUGUGGAUGUGAUGGGAGGCCUGGAUGGAGACAUGUUCAACUACUACAAGGUGCUGAUGCUCCAGGGCCUGAUAGCUGCUCGCAAACACAUGGAGAAGGUGGUCCAAAUAGUGGAGAUCAUGCAGCAAGGCUCUCACCUGCCCUGCUUCCAUGGCUCCAGCACCAUCCGCUACCUGAAGGAGCGUUUCCACAUGAGCCUGACGGAGGAGCAGUUACAGGUGCUGGUGGAGCAGAUGGUGGAUGGCUCCAUGCGCUCCAUCACCACCAAGCUUUACGACGGCUUCCAGUACUUCACCAACGGUAUCAUGUGAACAGUUCAACACCGAGACACAGCUCAACCACAUGGGACAUCCACAUGGGAGAGCAAGCAAUCGUGUACACACACGCAUACAGAUGGUGGCGAACAUGGGCAUAUGGACUCAAACAUGUGCUUGCCAUAGCAGCACAUCUACGAAAAUGGACUCUUGUAUAGACUAGUACUACAGGACUUGUAUAGACUAGUACUACAGGACUUGUAUAGACUAGUACUACAGGACUUGUAUAGACUAGUACUACAGGACUUGUAUAGACUAGUACUACAGGACUUGUAUAGACUAGUACUACAGGACUUGUAUAGACUAGUACUACAGGACUUGUAUAGACUAGUACUACAGGACUUGUAUAGACUAGUACUACAGGACUUGUUUGCAAACUUGAUAUGUUCUUUUUCUUAGACUUCUGCCCCCCCCCCCCCCCUCCCCUCCCCUCCUUGUUUUGGCCUUGUGGAGGGGGAGACUGCACCUCCUCCCUCCUGUCCAUAGGACUUUUACCUCAUUGACUGUUAAAAAAGAGGCAUAACGCACAAUUCAAAUCACACACGAAAAGGAUUAAGUAUCAAUAUUGGAGGAGGUACUUCAUUGAAAAAGGGAGGGGCAAUGUGGGAGAGGGCGUGGUCUAAAUUCAGAGGAGUCAAGAAGCGUUUUCUCAGAAUGGACAACUGCAAGAGCAAAUCAGAGGUACAUAUCGAAUAUGUACUUAUUUUCCGUUGUUCUUAGAGCAAAAUGGACUUUGAGAAGCCACUAUGUAACGACAAAGAAAGCACAAGACAGGUUUUCUAAUGGACAUUUUCCCUUCUUCUCUGAAAGUUCUGUGGUCAUCAAGAAUGAGCCAGCCCAAAGAGAGGGGGGGAAAGGACUAUUAAAAACCAUGGGUGUAUGAGUGUUAUCUGUCAGGAAAACAACUUUAUUCCAAGAGUUUGAUUUGUUUUGAACAAUGUUUAAAUUUCGAACUGGAAGUUUGAACUAGGACCAACUCGUCUCUUCUUAGGGAUCCAAGCAUGCAGCGAAGCUGCUGGUUGUAUGUGUUUUUCUUCCCAUCCUUAAAAGGAGCAGUUUCCAGACAACUGGUUCUCAUCCAGUAGAGCACAUCUGUACUUAGUGUUACAGAUAGAAAUACCAUGAAUAGAAAGGAGACUGUUCUCUAUCAUCACAUGACAGUCUGUAUAUUCAACAGACUGUGUCAUGCCAACAUACAUCAUGUAGGGCUUUGCUAGUGUCUCUCUUAAAACCACCAUACUUGAAGGAACGCUAGCGUUGUGCUGAGCCUCAUGCACUUGACAGUUAUGUUGAACCAAAAUGGCUACCUGUGGUUACAUAUAUAAAACAAUUGCAAUGGAUUUAUGCAAAAAAAACGAAACAUUGAUGUUCCACUAAUGUUUGUCUUUCAUCUCUAACUAAAUGUGUAUGUUAACGCAUUAUUAUUGUAUGUUAUGUUAACUAAGGCUGCAUAUUUAACGAAUGCUCAACACGUCCCUCUCUGGUUGGCUCUCAGAUGCAUUCCUGUGACUAACUCGGGCCAAUCCAGAGAGAGGGUUGUCCUUGAGCAGACUGUAAAUAAUGGGAGUGAUGAUCUCAUUGCUCUGUCUGUUUGUCUUAGUCUGUUUUUAUUUCUCCUUAUUUUGAACAGUAUGAGCUCAUUAUCACAAGUCAACUUCCUUGAUAUGUGAAUGUUUUUUUAUAUGAUACUCUGUACUAAACUUUUUUUUUUUUGCUGUCUCAAACACAAACAUGUAUUCAGUAUUGAAGAGAGCUGUUUGAAAAGCUACAUGCUGGGAUAGCCUAUAACUUAUAUUACCUGCUUAUUUAUGUCUUAUGUUUGAAAGCUGUGUCGUUGGUGGGUGGCUUUUGUGUAUAGCAAAAAUGACAGAGAGAACUCCAAAAUGAGUCAUUCCUGUGAGAAAACCAAUGCCUUGACAUAACUUUUAUCAAUGCAACAGUUGGGACAAAGGCGUGCAGGUCAUGUACACAGGAAGUUUAUUUGAUCAAAAGUUUUAAACACUUCCUGCUUACUCUUCAGUAAAUACUACUUUCAUUGCCUUUCCCUUUCAUUUAUUCCAACCCUAACAUUAUUCUGUAAAAUGAUGUAAAUAACUCAAGUGCAUUUUAUCUUUACCGGUGUGGGUUCUGUCAAACCCCAGUUGAUGUUGUUCUCUCCCGUUUUGAACCAUGGAGAAGCAGAAUUGUGUCCUUGUCCAGUGUCACACCAGCUAAAUGCUUGUCCAUGGGUAUAUUCAGGGCAGACAUGUGUUCAGACUGCUGCAGAUAAUGUAUAAUCACACUAUUGUUCUGAACAGAAAUAUGUCUGCUCUACAUGUAAAGUUUUUUGCCCUUUUCAAGUUCUGAACAUUGUGCCCUCAAAGAGCCGUGGUUUUAGACGGAAGUGGUCCACCGCUAACACCAAGCAAAGCAUUUAUUUGACUAGAUUAACAAGUCCUUCGUCCUUGAUACUAAAGACAUUUUAGAAUGUACAGGGGAAGAAAUAUUGCCCACUUUUGUAUCAGAACGCUAACACUUUAAUCUUCCUAAUUAUAUGUUUCACUUUUCAUACACAUGGUACAGAGACGAACCUUGUAUCAUGUUGCCUAAAUGCAUGAGUCCUUCAAUAAAUUGUAAAGUUUU